AGUUAAGAAUGUUCAAAUCCAUCAUAGUUGCUAUAAGAUUUCUCAAAUAGUGUCAACAUGAAGUAUGUGAAGUUGGCUUCCCAUUUCUUGACAACCAACCUCUUGAAACUCUUGUUAAUUCUUGUAAUAGCAGUCAUUGUAAUUGAAGCCUCUCAGAUGAAUCUAGAUCACAUUCAUCAGCUCCAACUCCAACUCUGUUAUCAUUUGAAGUUUAUUAAUCAGUCCAGAUUGACCGGGGCCUUUGAUGAGUCCUCGCUCGAGUUUCAGCACAAGAUUCUUGAGAGGUCUGGCCUUGGAGAGCAGACAUAUCUCCCUGAAGCAAUGCAUUUCAUUCCGCCAAGGCUGUCAAUGGCAGCAGCGCGUGAGGAGGCGGAGCAGGUGAUUUUUGGAGCGUUGGAUAAUCUAUUUGCAAAUACUAAUGUCAAUCCUAAGGACAUUGGGAUUGUUGUUAUGAAUUCUAGUCUGUUUAAUCCAAUUCCUUCAUUAUCUUCUAUGAUUGUUAAUAAGUACAAAUUGAGGGGAAGUAUUAAGAGUUAUAAUUUGGGAGGUAUGGGAUGUAGUGCUGGAGUUAUAGCUAUAGAUCUUGCUAAGGACCUGUUGCAAGUUCAAAAGAACACUUAUGCAAUUGUUGUUAGCACUGAGAAUAUUACUAAAAAUGGGUACCUUGGGAACAAGAAAUCCAUGUUGGUACAAAAUUGUUUGUUUCGUGUGGGUGGGUCUGCGGUUUUGCUCUCGAACAAAUCAUCUGAUAAGUGUAGGGCUAAGUACAAGCUUGUGCAUAUCGUGAGGAAUCAUAUGGGCUCUAAUGAUAAGGCAUAUAGGUGUGCUUAUCAAGAGGAGGACGAUGCUGGCAAAGUUGGGGUUUCAUUGUCAAAGGAGCUCAUGGCAAUUGCUGGUGUAGCGCUCAAGACUAAUAUCACAGCUUUGCUCAGUCCUCUUGUCCUACCUAUAAGUGAGCAGCUUCUCUUCAUUGCUACUGUCCUUGCAAACAAGUUUUUCAAUGCGAAAGUCAACCCUUACAUCCCAAAUUUCAAACUCGUUUUCGAUCAUUUUUGCAUCCAUGCUGGUGGAAGGUCUGUGAUUGAUGAGCUUGAGAAGAAUUUGAAGCUUCUACCAGUUCAUGUUGAGGCGUCACGGAUGACACUCCACAGGUUUGGUAACACCUCCUCCAGCUCGAUUUGGUAUGAGUUGGCUUACACUGAGGCAAAGGGGAGGAUACAAAAGGGGAACCGUGUGUGGCAGAUUGCGCUCGGAAGCGGAUUCAAGUGUAAUAGUGUAGUCUGGGAGGCUCUCCGGAAAGCGAAGCCUUCUCCUAGUAGCCCUUGGGAAGAUUGCAUUCAUAGGUAUCCGGUGCAGACUGUUCACUAGCAGCGCUAUCUCAACCAUACACCAUUGUAUUAUUAAUUUGCGUGAAAUAAUUAAGACUCUAUCUGCAGUCAGUGUUAUUUAUGUCUCUUAGUGAUGUUUAUGACAAAUGCAUGCUACUGCAUGCAUAGUGAAUUUCUUAGAGCUUUUGGUGGAAAUAAAAAAGAGAGUAAUUUACCAAUAAGGUAAAUUGGCUCAGUCUUA